GAUAAUACCAAACAAUGAUAAAUUCGCUACAGUAUUCGAUAAAUCCAAAUACCAGUGCUAAACUUCCACCCUAAUCACCACCACCAAUUUCAGGUGGACGUGGAAAAUUAUUGCGCACUCUCAUGCUUAUGUACCGUAAUUAAUCAUAAUAGGCUAAAAACUUUAAGGGGUGCUUUGGAUGAGGGACCGGUUAGCUUGACAACCCCCUAAGGGGUCUGAAUUUUGACACCCUUGCUCUUUACCAUCCAUUCUCAAUAGUGGUAAUCUAAUGGUUAGGGGUAUAUCAUUGGUAAUUGAUCAUUAAUGAUGUAAUUAAUUAACUCAACAUACAUUAGAAAGGGAAAGAAAAUCGGGACUCUGGGGAAAUAAUCUGGGGAAAAACGUUCUCACCCCCAAUUCAAAAUUCAAUCCCAUUUUUGUCUCCCCCUUUUUUUCUCCCUUUCGUCUCCUCCUCUCUCCCUCGAUCUCCCUCUUCCACUGCUCGCCGCCGUCGCAUUUUCCCUGCCACGGUCCAUGUUUUCGAUUCGAAUUCAGUUUGAGAUUUGGGAGAAUUCGGGGACCCGGUAUUCAUAAUUUUGGUUCGGUCGAAACCAAACCGACCGAAUGCCGGGGGAGUUUUCAAAGAGUGAGCAAGAACCAAAGUAUGUGUGUUUUAUUUUAUUAUUUUUAAUUUUUAUUUAUUCUCGAUAUUUUGGUAUUUACCUCUCAAUCCCGAACACCAAACAACACUUUAAAAUGAAUCCAAAUCUCAAUCCCUAAAAAUAAGGAUAUUCGAUAAUACCAAACAAUGAUAAAUUCGCUACAGUAUUCGAUAAAUCCAAAUACCAGUGCUAAACUUCCACCCUAAUCACCACCACCAAUUUCAGGUGGACGUGGAAAAUUAUUGGGCACUCUCAUGCUUAUGUACCGUAAUUAAUCAUAAUAGGCUAAAAACUUUAAGGGGUGCUUUGGAUGAGGGACCGGUUAGCUUGACAACCCUCUAAGGGGUAUGAAUUUUGACACCCCUGCUCUUUACCGUCCAUUCUCAAUAGUGGUAAUCUAAUGAAUAGGGGUAUAUCAUUGGUAAUUGAUCAUUAAUGAUGUAAUUAAUUAACUCAACAUACAUUGGAAAGGGAAAGAAAAUCGGGACUCUAGGGAAAUAAUCUGGGGAAAAACGUUAUCACCCCCAAUUCAAAAUUCAAUCCCAUUUUUGUCUCCCCCUUUUUUUCUCCCUUUCGUCUCCUCCUUUCUCCCUCGAUCUCCCUCUUCCACUGCUCGCCGCCGUCGCAUUUUCCCUGCCACGGUCCAUGUUUUCCGGUCAUCGCUGUACCAACAAGAUACUCUCCCUCCGAAUCCGUCCCUCAUCCUCUGUCGUGGGCUACGUUUUCGAUGGUAGCUGCUGCUGUUCUCCGAGAAACACCACGCUUGCCGCCGCGACUCUCCAUCUCCUUCCACAAACUUGACACUGCGAAGGGAUCGACAGUGAAGACGACGACCCUCCUCACCUUCCCGGCGAAGACGACGACCCUCCUCCCCUUCCUGGCGGUAACGACGAGGAAGAAUCUGAGGUAUCUCUCUCCCCCCACUAUCUCUCUCCCAAACCUAGAUCUGGAUUUUCGUGUGGUAUUAGUACUAGUUCAAUGGUAUUUUCAUUACCCAAAUCUGAAUUUUUUUCAUGUGGUAUUAGAACCAGUGUACUGGUAUUGAUACCAGUGAAUUAUUACCACUGCAAUGAUAAUUCUGCCAGUGUCUGAGUUUCUAUUGAAUGUUAUCAGUGGUAAGCUUUUAAUUCUAAUGGUAUUUGUACAGGUGAAGUGACAUGUCUUACCGGUGCAUUGGUACUUUUUUGCAGGUGCUAGGAGGGAGUCAGCAGGUGCAAAGAUGUACUAGUAAUUCUACCACUGCAGUGAUAGUUGUCUUACUUAUCGAACUCGUAUUUCAAUUAAAUGUUUAUUGCGGCUAAUAUUAGUACCACUUCAGUGGUAGUUAUGUAUCCAAUUUGUCGAAGGUGUGUGUAUCACUGCAGUGGUAUAUAAUGUUGUGUAUGACUAGUAAAAGUAUCACUCCGAUGAUAGUUUUGAUUUGGCAUUGUUCGUUGUGUAGCUAUCAAUGGAAUGGUAUGAAAUGCUUCAGUAUGGCUAAUAAUAGUACCACUAUCGUGAUAGUUUUGCUGGAGUGUCAUUUCUUUGAUGUACAACUAAUUUGGUAUUUCUGCAAUGAUAGUUUUCUUACGUGCUGAUCUCUUAUAUAUAUCACUGAGUUGAUAGUUCUGAGUAUCUUUGGGUGCAAGAAUGGAUAGGACGAAGAGACUGUAUCCAUGGGUGCCUAGAGGGAAGAUGCAUGGAACCUAUGUUCCUCGUCAUGUAGAAGUUGUCAGAAUCAUUCCUCGAGUGCUGAUACCAGCAAGAAGUGACGCCGUGAGAGUCGGUAUAAUGGACAACAUGAUAGGGGGAAGAGGAAACGUACUCAUUAUAUUAGUGGCAAGAAGUGCAUCCCCAACUCUAUAAUUCAAAUUUUGUUUUUCCGUCGCAUUACCAAAGUGACUCAGUCAUCCUUUGGCACCUGAUUUAUCGUUGUUUAGGCUUCCCACAAACAAUUACAUAGUGACUUCAUUUUUAUUUAUUACAUUGAUGGAUAUUUUUUGUUGUCGACAUUUCCCUUUUUUGAGAACACCUUAUGCUACACGGUUAGUGGUGAUACUUAAAAAAAAGUUCCUGGUUUGUUUACGUAUCGGAUUGUUUGUAUAUAUAUCUUUUCAUUGGUAGUGUACAUGAAUAUGUUAAGUGGUUCAUGUAUCAGUGCAAUGGUAUGUGUGUCGAUUCAAUAAUAUAUAUUUAUAAGUUCAGUGAUACAUGUAUAUGUUCAAUGAUACAUGUAUCAGUGCAAUGGUAUGUGUAUCAGUUCACUAGUAUAUCUAUCACUUCAGUGAUACAUGUACCAUUUCAGUGGUACCACUCCAAAGUAUAUCUAACACUGCAAUGAGAAUAUUUAGAAUGAGUUUCGAUUUUGCUAAUGGUACAAGUACAAUAUAUCUAACACUGCAAGUGGAUGGUUACAUUUUGGUGUGAAAAGUAUGACUUGAAUAGUUGCACUGGUACUUGUAUCAGGUCAUUGGUACAUAUAACACUUUAGUGAUACAUGUAUUAGUUCACUGGUAUAUGUACUAGAUCAGUGGUAUAUGUACCAGAUCAGUGGUACAUGUUCACGGCAGUGCCGUCGUCUCCCAGACACUGUAGGGUUGCACUUCGCGACAGGGAGCGGUAAGAAACGACCUGCCACCGCCCUCCAUGUUCUUCAUCUUCUCCGGUGGGUUCUCUCUCGGCGGCCAUCAGUCCAUCCUGUUGUCAGAAGGAGAGUCUGAUCUCAUCUUCACCUCUCCUUCAUUCGAUGUCGUCACAAGAGUCGCCGUUCUUGGCAUGCCCAGAACCGUCGCACGGAAUCUCAUAUCUAUUUUCCGUCCCAGCGCGGCCUUCGUUGGCUCUAUCUCCGGCGAUAUCCCCUAUUUCUCGUACUCCGCCGGCGAGCAACCCAUCAGGCGGUUCGGAGGCAAUCCCACCAUGGUGAUGCUUUUGGUUUCCGGCCGCUAUCGAUUUCUGCAGAGGAGAGGGGAGAGGGUCGCCGUCAAGUUUUGUAGAGGAGAGGGAUGUGUUGCUAUUUUUUGGAGGGAAUAUGGAGAUGAAAAGGCACUUUUGUAAUUGUUAUGGGAGCCGUCAAGUUUCCCAUCAAGCUAUAUUGCCCAUUCCCCAUUCAUAAUUAUUAUCACAGUUUACAAGAUUACAAAAAAUUAAAUAAAAAACAACUUCCAUUAAUACAACUUGCCAAAUAAUUUAAUGAAGAAGUGACCAAUCAAGAAUAGGGUGUCAAAAAACCAACCCCUUUUGGGGUAGACAUAGUAUCCGACCCCUUUGGAUGAUGGUUUUGGCGUGGAAUUUUUGCUCAAAUCUCAUGAUGAGGGAUUUCGUAAAAUGACAGAUUUGGCCCUGCGUAAUUUAAAAAAUCCUCAAUUUCAAGUUUUGAAAUAGUUGACCCCCUCAAAUAUUUUUAAAUAUUACAUUCUUACUUUUUUAUUCCAAAACUAGCCUCAUUGAUUUUGUUUAAACCCAAAACUAACUCUCCAUAUCUUUUUUCUUCUUCCUUCAUCCCUAUCCCAUGAUGUACCUCUCAUCAUCAAUUCACCAUCAUCGUCAAAGUGGCCUUCUAACUCGCACGACAAGGUGUGAGAUUUGAGUACUAAUAACGAUGGACACCAACUGCUAACCCUAACCCUAACAAUGACAAGUCUACCAUUAUUAAGCUUGCAGUAUAGCGGCUCGCUCGUAUUCCCUAGGGAUUGGUGAUACCGACAAGGUGUGAGAUUGAGUACUAAGAAUGGUGCCCACCAACUGCAAACCCUAACAAUGGCAAGUAAUCAUUAUUAGUUUUGCAGUAUAGCGGCUUGCUCGUAUUCCCUAGGGAUUGCUGAUACCCUAGCCUACUUCUGUUAAGUCUUAUUGUUAUCUAAUCUACAAUUGGUUGUUUUUAGUACUAAGGCAGAUAUGCAAUUGACAAGUAAAGUAUUUAUGGCAAUUGAGGUGCACAGAUCACUAAACUAGGAUUCAAUGCAAUAUUCAUGUCUCUCGACCCCUCUCCUAGCCAUGUCCUCCGAACCAAUGUCAACACAACCCGGGGAUAACGAGCUAUCUGCUCUAAACGGGUUCUACCCGUCCGCACACAAGUUCUUUGAGUCGAUGGUCAUACACUCGAGUUCCAAGCAUUACCUAGGUGAGCUCCUAGUUAGCUGGGGAUGGUAACCACGUCCACCAACUAGGACUCAAUAUCAACUACCUAAAGCUAGAGGCAAUCAUUCACAUAUAAUUAAGAACUAACUUAAGGUGCUAUAGGCUAGAUAAAGUCAUACAUACAUUCAUACACUCAAACUCAGAUAAAGGAAUUAAUAACUAUAGAUAAACUCAAAUUAAGCAUAAAAUCACAAUACCUGUUCAAUUACAUCUCAAACCCUAAGUUAGGGUUUGGGGGGCAAAGGCCCAAGUACCUUAGGAAACUACCCCAUGAAUGGGGGAGGAAAGCCAUAGAAAGAAGGGAAGAAAACAUGAAAGAAUGCUUGUUCUUGUGCAAAGAAAUUCUUCUUCAACAUCUUCCUUCUACUCUUCCUCCACAAGGCAACUACUUCUCUCUCUAACUCCUCUCUCUAUGGUUUUGAUUGUUGUAAAUCAAAUUAUAAAUCCUAUGAGUGCAUAGGGCGUAUUCCACAUGGUCUUUUAAUAGUAACUACUCAAAACUAAUCACAUUUCUCGAGUAAAAUAAUGCAAGAAAGUAAAGUAAGUGGGUUGAUGGACCCUUUGAUUUUGAGAUCUAUUCUACUAAAGCAAAUAAAGAAAGCAAACAAAGCAAGUAAAUGAUGGUUUAGAUAGUGUUUUCUAGAUGAUCAUGCAUACUAACUCAUUAAUUUAUGAUGUCCUAUCUCUUCCACUAAGGCCAUCCUUCUUGGAAACAUGUGAUAUUCAUAGUUUGAGUGUUGACAUCACGAUAUGCCACAUGUGAUAAUCUUUGCCUGGCCUUGAUCUUCGCAACUUUGACCAUUUUGCUCCUUUUUUGGCCUCUUUCAUCCGACUUUCGAUCCCGGUGCCAAGAUUACCUGCUUCGGUCUGAAACAUGACAAAACACGAACAAACCCAGCGUAAACUA